AUGAAUGUAGGUACCGCUCCAUUUGUACUGGUGACACUUGGGGAGUUGCUUGAAGUACUGGAUGAAGUUGUGGAGGUAGUAGAUGUGGACGUCGAGGGUGUGGCCGUGGUCGAUGUUGUCGAGGAUGUCGAAGACGUCGAAGAUGUCGAAGUGGUAGUUGAAGAGGUGGACGAAGUAGAAGAUGUGGAGGAUCCAGCAGAGGUCGAAGAUGUACUGGAUGUGGAGUUUCCAGUGGAGGUCGAGGAGGUCGAGGAAGUAGUUGAGUUGGACGUCGUAGAUGUUGAUGUUGAGUUAAGUGAUGUGGAUGUAGUAGUUGGUGAUGUACUGGUAGAUGUAGAGGUGGAGGUAGUGGUAUCAGAUGGUGAUGUACUCGUAGAUGUUGAUGAUGUUGAUGAUAUUGUUGUCGGAGUGGUUGUACUGGUACCAUGGACUAGUCCACCAUCACCAGAUGUUAUGGUAGUUAUGAUACUUGACGGGGCAGUAGAUGUGCUGGUACCGUGUACAAUUCCACCAUCACCAGAUGUUAUGGCAGUUACUAUACCACCAUCACCAGAUGUAACUGCGGCACCGCCAUCACCAGACUGGCAAUGA